AUCCCCGUUCACUAUCACACUGUACUAGAAACGCGUCUUAAAAUUUAGGCUCUUGCAACUUCUCUUGCCAGUUGUCUUUAGCCACUUUUCCACAUUUUAAGCGAAGUUGGCUUUACGCUUUUGUGGGGCGUGUGAAAGAUCCUUAUACUGCGUGACUGCAGUUGCUAUUUAAUUCGGAUGUUUUCAGCUCAUCUUCGGCUGGAGGAUGAUGCAGAGCACCAGGUCUGGAAGCAGCGAGCUGGAGGUCAUCACAUUCUCCCCCCUCGCUCCUUUUAGUAACCCUGAUUUGGCCACAAUCAGCAGGCCAACCAGAGACUCCAGUCAUCUGACAGGUGGAUCUAUGCCAAAUACCUGGGAUAGAAGAUACACGAGGAAACAGAGGAGAAGGACAGAUGAUGAAAGCUGCAGUCCUAAACGGCGAAAGCUGAUGGGAGAGGAAGGAGCAGAUGAGUAUCCAAGUCCUAAAGUGAGCCAGAGACGGUCUGUGGAGUCUAUCACUACUUCCCCUACUGAGACCAGCCUGGUUCAACUGCACACUGAACCCAGGACAGAAGAAAUGGGUCUGCCCUUUACAUCCACUCCAUCUCCACUACCCAGAGUUCCCACAGAAGGCUCAAGCAUGGAGGUAGAGGCCACUCAGAGGAGACUGCAGGAGAUAGAAGACAGGAUAACUUUGGAAGAUGAUAGUGAUGAAGAAGAGCUUGAUGUGGAACCGGCUCAGCGCAGACCAGUGCUGGUGAUGUCCGACAGCUUAAGAGAGGGGCUACAGCGGGGGAUUGGUGACAUUCUACCCCAAACAGUAGCGCAGUCAGUGAGCUGCUCCUGUAUGGAAUUGGUGUUGUGGCGCCCCCCAGAGGACCCUCUCACCCAGAGGCUGAAGGACUCUUUACAGAAACAGCAGCGCAAGCAGUUGGCAGUGAGCAGACAGACUCCCAAGCCCAGUUCACAGCCCCAAGCCCAGUUCACAGCACCCAGUGAGCAGACUUUCAGCCCGCUGUUCAGAAGCCCUGCGCUCCUCAACUCUGGAGAGGAAGACAUGGAGUUAUAGAGGGUAAUCUUUACCAAUACCCUUAGCAUACUGUGUGUGAAAAAAAGCUUUGAACUUUAUCAGUGCAGAUGAGGAAUUACCAUAAGGGGAGAGCAAAAUGAGCCAUUCACAAAUGCUCACAAGAGAUUUCUCUUGUGCCAUGUAUUCUUUGUUUCAACCUGUGCUGCUUUUGUAGGUGGGACCAUAUUUGCACUAGACUAAAUGGGAAGUAUCCUAUGUGAACGUGGUCAGUGGUACAUUGGUUGAAUGUGCAGUUGCAACUUCAUAUCCACUCUGUUUGCUGUUGAUAGCUGUGAAUAUUCAAACACAUUACUGGUUAUCAAUGCAAAAUAUUUUAGGUUUUUCUUUAAGCAGUUAAUAUUAUUUCAGUGUACUCGUAUACUGUGUACAAAUUCAGAGUGCUUGAUAUGUUACAAUCUGCCAUAUUUACGUGUGAUACUUUUUUGCAGAAGUUCAACUGGUCAAAACCUGAGACUCCUUUUAUUUUCUUCUUCAUGGUGUCCCAGUGUUUCCCAUAAAUUGACUUAUUUGUGGUGCCCGCCACAAUAUCAAAACUGACUGCCACAAAU